UAGAAAAGCAGGUGCAGGAAUCUCUGAAACUCUUCAACCAUGUUUGUUCUUGGACUCCUGUUGCUUCUUGUUUUGCACAGCGAAGCCUUCAGCACCAAUUUUCCUGAUGAAACCAUUGCAGAAUUUUCUGUGAAUGUUUACAAUCAGCUGCGAGCUACAGGAGAAGAUGAAAACAUUAUUUUCUCCCCACUGGGAAUAGCAAUAACGAUGGGGAUGGUGGAGCUCGGUGCUCAUGGUUCCACCCUGAAAGAAAUUCAGCACUCCAUGGGCUAUGAAGGUUUGAAAAAUGGUGAAGAAUUUGCCUUCUUAAAAGAUCUUUCUGACAUGGCUGCUACUGAGGAUAGCCAUUACGUGAUGAAGCUUGCCAAUUCCCUUUAUGUGCAAAAUGGAUAUCAUGUUAACGAUAAAUUUUUGCAGCUGCUGAAAAAAUACUUUAAAGCUGAAGUUGAAGUUGUGGAUUUUCGUCAAAAUAUAGCUGUUGCGAGCUACAUCAAUAAAUGGGUGGAGAACCACACCAACAAUAUGAUCAAAGAUUUUGUCUCAGCAAGGGAUUUCAGUGCUCUCACUCACUUGGCUAUUGUCAAUGCAAUCUACUUUAAGGGAAAUUGGAAGUCUCAGUUCAGACCAGAGAACACAAGAACCUUCUCCUUUACGAAGGAUGAUGAAAGUGAAGUACAAAUUCCCAUGAUGUAUCAGCAAGGAGAAUUUUAUUAUGGGGAAUUCAGUGAUGGAUCCAAUGAAGCAGGAGGCAUCUAUCAAGUCUUGGAAAUACCUUAUGAGGGUGAUGAGUUCAGCAUGAUGAUCAUUCUCUCCAGGCAGGAAGUACCACUAGCCGCACUGGAGCCUUUGGUCAAAGCCCAGCUGAUUGAGGAAUGGGCAACCUCUGUGAAGAAACAAAAAGUUGAGGUGUAUCUGCCAAGGUUCACAAUAGAACAGGAAAUUGAUCUGAAAGAUGCUUUGAAAGGGGUUGGAAUUACAGAAGUGUUCAGCCAAAGUGCUGAUCUCACUGCAAUGUCUGGUAAGCAGCUUUUUGUGAUUUAG